AUGGGGAGACUAGACAACGUCCAUAGUCCUCAUACGACUCCUCUAGCGAGACCACCUUCGAGAUUGAAUGGAAAAGUUGUGGCUCUGUUUGCCGUCGGAGCUCUGCUAUGGUUCACAGGAAUCAAUAUCUCUCGCUGGGGUUUCAGCAAGACUGGAGACCCAUGGGUAGGCCUAGUGGAGCACUGCAAACACGCCAAGCCAAUAGCGGAGUCCGAGUUCGCUGAACGUCAGCACAAGCUGGCAUAUGCACUCCAUACUUUGAAGGCCUCUGCAUAUGUCGCUGAACCUGGGGCUAGUGCUCAAUAUUUCGGCAAUAUAUCUGGCUCCUCAUGGAGCUUGUCUGAGCGACCUCUCCUGCUUCUGGUUUCUCCGAUUAUUCAGGCUGGCGAGGUAGUACCAAAAGUGAUUGUCCUUACACCUUCCUUUGAGGAGACCCGUGCGAAGCUGUUGACCAUCCCGGGUGCCAACGUCACUUAUGUCUCCUGGCAAGAAGAUGAAGACCCGUAUGCCGUGGGACUGCAUGCGCUGUCUAGCUCGGCUGCGGCCCGAAUCUACGUUGAUGGGAUGGUCAGGCAUUUCAUCGUUGAUGGUUUCCAGAAGGCCGCUCCCGGAGUCAAUGUGACCUCGGCGCCUCCGGAGAUAACAUCGCUGCGAGAACGCAAAUCACGGGCAGAACUCGCCUUGCUCCGGUGCGUUAACGAGGUCACCCUCCUUGCUAUCCGGGCUGUUCAGAAACAGAUGUAUAUUGGAAUCCGCAAGUCGCAGGUGAAGGACUUGAUCGACCAAGCUCUUACAGUCGCUGGCGUCAUGGAUAGAUGGGCGCUCGUCCUUUUUGGAGAGAAUGCUGCCUUGCCCCACGGGUCUGGUACCGAUCGUGUGCUUGGGCAAUCAGAUCUCAUCCUAAUCGAUACCGGGGGAUCACUAUAUGAAUACCAUAGCGAUGUGACUCGGACGUUCGUCCUACCGAACACUCAAGUACCGGACGAGUAUCUUGGCCACUGGUUUGCCGUGCAUGCGGCGCAGACUGCAGCAUUCAACGCUGCUAAGGAGGGUGUCGUCACCUCGAGGGUGGAUGAAGUGGCACGCAAAGUUCUUGUUGAGCACGGUCUAGGCCAGUACUUUACCCACAGACUGGGUCAUGGGAUUGGUCUAGAAGAUCACGAAGCACCUUAUCUUCGAGGGGGCUCAGACGACAUCAUUAAGGCUGGGCAUGCUUUUCUCAAAUGA